UGUCUUUCCUGUUGUUCUCUCCCCAGUGGAUGAUCCAGCAGCCUCACAAGGUGGCGACGUUCUUCGGCUGCAUCGGCACGGAUAAGUUCGGCGAGAUCCUGAAGAGGAAAGCCGAGGAAGCCCACGUCGACGCUCACUACUACGAGCAGAGCGAGGAGCCGACAGGAACUUGUGCAGCCUGCAUCACUGGCGACAACAGGUCUCUGGUCGCGAACUUGGCAGCAGCAAACUGCUACAAGAAGGAGAAACACCUGGACCUGGAGGAGAACUGGAAGCUGGUGGAGGAAGCCAAGGUCUACUACAUUGCGGACUCAUUCUGUGCCAGCGGCCCCACAGCACAGCAGAUCCAGUCGGUAGAGGAGUGAGACAUCGCUUCCCCA